AUGCCUGUACAGUCUUUAGAAGAAUGCACCAAAAUGCCAGAGACCCAGCAGAGGGUCAGGGACUGCUUCCUCAGCCUGAUGGCCACAAAUGAAGACCCUGUACCUGGCAUACUGUGCCAACCACCGUCCACGGUCAGUGUUCUCACAGAGCACAGUGAGGAGCUGCGAGAGUUCAUGGAGAUGAAGGGUGCCAGCAGCCCGGGCAUUCUCAUGCUGACCACCGACCUUAGCAAGCCAUUCAUGUGUCUGGACAAGUACCCUGCACUGCUCAAGGAGCUGGAGAGAAACAUGGAGCAUUAUCACCCAGACAGACAAGAUAUUCAGAAAUCCAUGACCGCCUUCAAAAACCUUUCAGCACAGUGUCAGGAGGUGUGGAAGAGGAAGGAGUUGGAGCUGCAGAUCCUGACAGAAGCCAUCCGGAGCUGGGAGGGCGACAACAUCAAGACCGUGGGCAGCGUUGUUUAUGUUUCCCAGGUCCUGAUCCAGUGUGCUGGCAGUGAGGAAAAGAAUGAAAGAUAUCUUCUACUCUUUCCAGAUAUUUUGCUAAUUUUGUCUGUCAGUCCUAGGAUGAGUGGUUUUAUAUAUCAGGGAAAGCUACCAACGACAGGAACGACAAUCACAAAGCUCAAGGACAGUGAAAAUCAUAGAGAUGCCUUUGAAAUAUCAGGGAGCAUGAUUAAGUGGAUCUUGGUGUCCUGCAACAACCAGCAGGACCUCCACGAGUGGGUGGACCAUCUGCAAAAGCAGACGAAGGUCACCCUGGCGGGAAACCCCACCAUCAAGCCUCACUCUGUGUUGUCUCACACCCUUGCUUCCCAUUCCAUCACCCCGUCCAGUAAGCAUGCGGACAGCAAGCCUGUGCCGCUGACGCCCACCUACCACACGCUGCCCCACCCCUCCCACCACCGCACUCCACACACCACCAUCAAUCAACAGGGGGCCCCUAGAGCCUCCGAAGACCCCCAAGCCCUGGAGCCUGAGCUGCCUGUGACCCACACCCCUGCCUGCAGCCCUUGGCUGCCCUCUGCUACAAGGAGGACCUGA